AUGGCCUGGGCCCAGCUUCUCUAUCUUCCUUCCUGCGUUGUUAGCUGCUGGCCCCUCCUCUGCGUCCCUCCAAGUCAGUCCUGGUCGGGUCGUUGGUUCGGCGCUUGCUUGAGUCGCGGGUGCUCCCCCGAGUCUAUGCGUGCUCUUGCUCGACCAAGACGCGACAACGAAACCCUUCAUCCCGCCAUCUCCAUCUCGAGUAAACACAUAAUAAGCCAGUACCACAAGCGGGAAGACUGCUUGGAAAACACACCCGGCGGACUCUCAGAGGCGAAAACAACUCCGCCCGACAUGGCCUUCUCGCCCGCGUACCCCAUCCACAAGCCAUCUACGCCGCAGCCUCCGGCCCCGAUCCCUAUCCACGGCGGAGACGAUGGCGAGAGCGACGUCUCGAGGGACUACUAG